UUUUUAUACGAAUUGCUGUCUCUUUUACAAUUUAUUUUUUUUUUUGUUUCAUCCGACGAUUUAAAAGCAAACCAAGAGUGCAGUUCUUAACGUAUUCAUGUUAUAACAUAAAUCGUAAUAUCGUUUUAAAAUUUAACAGAGUUUCGUUCGUAUUGUGUUUGAAUUGCGAAUGAUCGUAAAACGACUGGUCAGUUAAUAUGGCGUCAACCACUAAAUUACUCAUCUGCUUAUUAGUUUCUGUUUUAUAUUUUUUACAGAUGGUUAAUGUUAUCAAGACAGAUAAAGCUCCUAAAAUUAAUGAGGAGAUUGAACAAGCGCCUUUUAUAAAAAAUAUGAAUACCAUCAUCAACAGUAGAGGAACUAAGCUAGCACAGAGUAUUAUUGGUACAGCAAAAGAUAACCUGGUCAAAUAUGGUGAAGAAUGGGUUGAGACAAUGAAUAAAAAUCAUAUGAAAAAUCGUCGAAGUCAAAAGUCAUUAACUCCAGAUAUAAUCAAGUAUAAUUUAGUAGAUCCAUCCAAAGCCUUUUCUCAAGUUGGUAUGAGAAAACUAUCGAAUUUGGGUGCAGAGAUCAAAAAAAAGUAUACUGAUUAUGAUAAGUCAAAUGAAACAUCGUUAACUGCAUUCAGGCCCAUCAGAAGAUUAUCAAGAAAACCAUUAUCAUUUGGUCGGGCUACAGUAGAUGUUUUUUCGAAGAAAGCUAAUGAUUUUAUAGACAAAAUAUCGACGGAUUCAAGAAAAAAAUAAUGACCAAGGUACUAAGAAAGAGUGAUUAAAUAAAGUACAAGGUCUAGAAAAACAACAGAAGGAAGAAAUAUAAAAUGAAUAAUUGGUUUUCCUGAUUACAGUUUAUUAUUUAUGAUAAAUUAUUGUAAUUUGGGCUUAUUAUUAACCAUCACAUUUCAAGAAAUAUCUAACACAAAUAAAUUCAACAAAAAUAAAAUAACUUUUAAUUGACUAUACAAUAAUUUUUCAGUGAAGUUCAAAAAAGUCGCAACAAGUAAUAAUAAAACUAAUAUUUUAAAAUAAAUAUAAUUGAUUGAAAAUAACCU